GCAACCCGUGUCGCUCAUAUUGGAGACUGCGAUGCUUUUGCUUUUGGGAUUUUGUCAUGCCAAAGUCCAAUCCUAGAAAAUCUAUACUCUAUACAAGAUUUGUGAACCAGCUGGAUCAUCACGGGAUCAUUCAACCAUAUUCAACCUGUUGCGCCAAAUCUUUGUCUCAAGUUCAGCCAGCAUUUUUGUGAACUGCACCGGUCCUGACGCGGCGCAUGUUUGCUCCAAGUGCGGGUGGCCAUGCGUCACAGGCGCUGCGCCUCUGCGCCCAUCCGGCCGCUCGGAAGUUUGGCUUCGGCGUGCCUCGCUUUGAGCGUCCUGCGAUGUUUCAUCGGAGAUCCUCCCAGUAGGCUUGGAUCGGAUCCACGAAGAAGCCCUUCGCUCGGCCAAUCUGCCCUGGCGCAUGAGUCGUCCGAGCUCGUCGAGGUCGACGUGUUUGAGUCGGAAUUGGUGAAGCGCGCCAAGACCGAAGUUCUCCCGUUGCUGGCCGAGCGAAGCAAUAUGGGGAAUCGGAAGCUAAGAGCUGCCAUUGAGUCUAUUGAACUGGACCAAGAGGCCUUUCGGAUGUCAACCCCUCUACUGUCUUUAAAGACCUUUCUGGCCACGGGCUCUGCUGCUGCUGUCUCGGGUUUGGCGACGGUGCUCUUGACAUCACCGUCCUUGUUCGUGCUGGCGCCCUCACUCACCACCAUCAUCUUCCUACACUGCAGCUAUUCGGAAAGUGCAGCUGCGAGAUACAAAGCCAAGGCCAAGUUUAACUAUGGCCAGAGCUCCAAAAUCGCCUCCACGGCAGAAGGCAGUUUGGCGACCGCCGAGGCGCGCAAGGUCUUUUUCCCCUUCGGAGUUGGGCUCACAGCCAUCACAGCUGCUGCAUGUGUGACCUUGAGAAUCUUCAAUGAGAAGGUUGGUAGUUUCUUCCCGGAGCCUGCCGGCGGAUCAUUUUCUACGGUACUUGCUGGCGACAAUGUCAUUCUGAUCUUGUUCGCACUGGCCUCAGUUGUGGGGGCUUCGGCCACCAGCUUGACCUACGUGUCCACGCGGGCCGCGCUGGUCAUGGAUGACAUGAGGCAGAGCGGUGCCCGAAGUGAUUGGGAGGCGUCGCGCUUGCCGAAAAUCAUCAAGGACCCCACCCGAGAGGACGAACGAAAUGUGGUCAUCUUCACCAUUCUGUUUUGUUUUUUGCCAUUGCCUUUUCUGGUGGAUGGCUUUGAUCUCAGCCUGGCUGACAGCAACCGUCUCCUUUUCAACAAGGCGGUGCAGCAGUUCUUAGACGAUGCCUCCGUGGCCAUUUCAGCCUCCGCGGCCGCGCAGGCGGCGGUGGCCUUCCUGCUGGGGGAGAAGGACUUCACGGAUGCCGAACAGCGAUGUGCCAUGCAGUCCAAGCAGGCUGCGUUGGCCGAGAUGUUUUGUGCCCAGGCACAGCAAGAGGCUGCCAUCAUCCCAGUCCGAAGUGCCUUCUCCGCUGUAGCCAGAGGGGGGGCUGAGCUGGCCAUGGAGUUCUCAAGAGCUUUGGUGGCCUUGUUCCCAUGGGGAGCUGUUGGGCAGGCAUGCCAAGCCAUUCUGAAUGCCAAGUUAGUUGAGGUGGAGUCCAAUGCGGCGACCAAUGAAGCCCGCAUCGUCAAAUAUGGACCGAAAUCCACGCGGAAUCGAAAUGCCAUCGAUGCUUCGCUGAUUGAGUUUGGCCGCCUGCAGAAGGAGGUCUUCUCUCCGGACAGUGAGAUCAAGAAGGAAAUCCUGGCGCUUCGCCCCGGGGAACUGAAAGAGUUCCGCAUCCGAUCCAAAGAGGGCCGACGCGAAGUGCAUCUUUUGGCGGCGGAGCUCAACAUGUAUUCCCAGUCCUUUACCUUAGGAAACCAACGCGUUGUGUCUGUGAAGAACACGGGGCAGGGGAAUCAAGACGUCUUAGAUGAGCAAAGCUUGCCGGAAUUUGUCCAGAAGGAGUUUCUGGAUCCCUUGAAGAAGGAGUUGGACUUCACUUUGGCUGAAGGCGUCCCCGAGCAGUGGAACUCCUGGGUCACCACUGCUGGAGUGGCAGCGGCCACCGCCCAGGCAUCUCCAAGCAUUUUAGGGCCUGAUGCAUCUCAAGUGAUUCUGCCCUUGGUCACUGGAGGGAUUGGCUUGCUGACCGUGUGGCAAGAAAGGGUGGGCAGAGAACAAGUGGCCUAUGCCAAGAAAGACGCGGCCCUGCUGCUGCGGCAGCAUGCAGAGGCCGAAUCCUUGGUGGGCUUAGCAGCCCUCUCUGCGGCAGCCUUACCCACCUAUGUGGCCGUCUCAGCCGUGGCCUCGGGCUUCUCAUGCGUGGGGUUCUUGGCGGAGUUCGGGACGAUGGCAUGGACCUUUGAGCUACCGACCAUCGCCGUGUCGAUGAUGGCCUACAUCUUGAGCUUAGAACGUCAGGAGCAAGUGGAAAAGUACAUUUUGGGAGUUACCCGGAUCAUUGGAGGAAAGCCGCCACGGAGAGCGCGGCCACGAGCGCAACUCCUUUGGCUGGCUCUACCUGUCCUGGUGAUGCUCCUCCCAGAGACCUUGAUCCGUCGAUGUUGUGCGGCCAAUGCUUUGUUAGUGGCCGAGAUUGGAUUUGUGAUCGCCAACUGUGCGCGUCAAGUCUCCUUUGGAGAAUUCUAUACUGCUCGCACUCGCCGGGUGCAUAGUCGCACGGAUGCAUGGGCUCAGAUUGCAUCGGCCUGCUCCAGAAUACUUCCUCUCACCAGUGCCUUGGCGCUCUCGAACACCUUGGUGGUCACCUCCCUAGGUGCCGUGAACGUAUCGUUUGGUGGCUUGUUCCCGAUCUUCGGGUUGGGUGUUUGCGUGAAGGCCGUGCAGAGAGCUGUGGAAUCACAGGAGGCGGCAAUUAUCACAUCCAAGGAAGGUCGGGAUUGUCAGAGGCUGCAAGGGAACUUUCCUCCAUAUCCAGAGCUACAUGUUCAGGAUGAGGAGAUACUGGAGAAACCCAUUCAGUUCGGUGAAGGUCUCAUCUCCCAACUGUGGCCCUCCCAGCUGCGUGCCACAGUGAUGCGCCGGGUGCGGCGUUUCUUGCGGAUGUUCGAUGAGGCCAAGCCUGAAGAGACCUUCUACCAGAGACCAGAAGACCAGGUGGUUCGGAGAGUGCAGGACGAUCUGGAAGAGCUGCGCGUCACGGUGCGUGGCAACGAUCCCAACUGGAUCCGGGUGGGUUCGCUCGUGGGCAUCCUCACAGGCGGGUCCAUCCUCGCACCCUUUCUGCUCUCGGAGCUCUUGACAGAGGUCAUCGUGCCGCUGGCGGGCACGGUGCUCACCGUCUUCGUGGUCUACGCGGAGAGCGACUCGAGGUCCUGCGUGGCCCAGGCAAAGACGCAUGCAGCUCAGGUUAAUGAACAGAUGUCCACCAUGGAGGAGCUGGUGAGCAUCAGUUCCUUGUGGAAAGCCUACCUCUUGGGGAUGGUCGGGGUCGCCGACUGCAAUGCGAUCCUAGGGUUGGUCCUCAAGUCACCCUGGAACAUCCUCAAGUGGCAUCCACACCUAGUGCGUUUGCAAGAAGUCUCACAACUCCUGGUUGCAACCGCUUCGGUGAUCCUCUGCGGAUCUGCUGCAGGGAGGCUGCUGCAGGUGCGAGAAUGGGCACAAGGUGUGGAGAAGAUCGCCGCAGAUAACUUCAAUCAGAAGAUGUUGAAUGGAAUCCGACAGACCUCCCCCAAGUCCGUGGAAAAUGGCAGUGGAGCUUUGCCCACCUCCAGACGUCAGAGAAUUUUUGCGAUCAUGGCAGCUGCGUUGCCACCGCUCCUGCUGUUGAUCUUUCCUUUGGAAGCCGAGCUGGCCGAAAAGGCCGUCAACAGCACAGGUGCCUCAGCCUUGGUGGUGGCCCUGACCAUGAUGCAAGCGGAGCGUGCUUCUUGCAAGGCCGAGAGGACCCAAGCCUCCUGCAAGCGCGCAGCCUCGCUGUGCGAAGCCUUUGCCAACCGAGCAGAACAGCAAGGUGCCUUGCUACCCUUCAACUCGGCUGUGGCCAUUGCAAUUGCUGGUGUCAUUACCUUCUUGACUGAGUUAAACCCCAUCGCUGCGGCAGCCUUAACCAUUUUGCAGGCCAUGAGUUGGUUGGUGGCUUCGCGGAAAGGUGUGGCCACCAAGUUCGAAAGCUUGGCCUCCCUGCAGGUCCGCUCCCGUUUCGGCAGCCGCUUCUCGCUCGCGGGAACGGCGAUCAGCCAACGGUUCAAACGGCUCUUGAUUGGAUGACGAAGGCGAGGGAUUGGAUGAGGCAGAAGGCGAGGGAUCAUGACAUCGACGGUGCAGGGCAAGAUGCUGGGCCAGGCCGGCCAGGCCGGAUGGCCGACCAUUGCAGUCCUAAGAGGCUGUGUGAUCUUUUGAACUAAUUGGAUUGUUUCAAAUAAAUAGGGAAGAAUUCAUGCGAAAUUACGAGGCCUUUUGACCCUCGACACAGAAAACCGGCCAGA